UUUUAUUUAAAAAUUUACCACUAAUGAAACACAAUUAACAACUUCCAAAUGCACAUAUGAGAAAACAUUGGACACGAUUUGUUAAGACCUUUUAUAAUCAACCAGCUGCAAAAAGAAGAAGAUAACUGAGAAGGAGAACAUUGGCCUUAUCCUCAUCUCCAAGACCAGUUGAACUUCUUCGUCCCGUUGUUAGAGGAUAGACAAUAAAGUACAACAGUGUUUAGAAGCUCGGAAGAGGAUUCUCAUUGAUUGAAUUAAAGGAGGCAGGACUUAAUGCAGCAUUCGCUAGAACCAUUGGAAUUUCAGUGGAUCACAGAAGAAGAAAUCUAAAUUAGGAGGAAUUGAAUAACAAUGUGAAGAGAUUGAAAGCAUACUUAUCUAAAUUGGUUCUAUUUCCAAGAGUGGCAGGCAAACCCAAGAAUGGAGUUGUGAAAGAUUCAACAAAUGAGGUUGUGGCAUAGCCAGUGGCUUAGAACACUAACCCAGAGGUAAUCACAUUCUAAAGAACUCCAAAACGAGAGAAAGCUACAGUUAUUUCUAAAGAAUUAAGAGCUAAGAAUGUUUAUAGAAGACUCAGAUAAGAGUGGUACAAUGCUAAAUUUGUUGGAGUAAAGGAAAAGAGAAAAUAAGCAAAAGAAACUAAAAAGUGAUGCAUUUAGUAUAAUACAAUAUUAUUUAUUUACAAUUUAUUUAUUAA